GUUGUUAUUUAUAGUCACCGUCCGGUAUUGAAACUAAAAAUUUAAGGGAUAAUAAAAUUUACUUAACAAAAAAUUGUGUGCACUUUAUAGCCCAACUCAAAUAUUCUCUGCUCUCUGAUUCUUACGGGCAGCCAAGCUUCUCGAUGGAUUAACAUAGCUGAAUGCCGAAACAAUACUAACAGCAAUGAGCAGUAGCAGAACAAGAAACAAACAAACAUCAGCCAAAAAAGAUCGGCCUUCAUCGGCACCGCAAAAGAAGGGUGCAAAUUCUAAAAGCCUUGCCAAAAAGCGAGCACACAGUCAUCCAUUGACAUCAACGUUGCCAAAAUUGAAAAAUCAAGAACUUUUUCCCGCUUCUGAUGUUGCCAAUAUUGCUACAUUCGAAGAGAAUUUGAUAGAUGAACACUUUGAAAAAUUGAAUAUAAGCCAUAGAUGGAAAACGGAAAAUACUAAUUUAACACAACCAAUGACAAACUAUCCUAUAUCAUGGGAAAUUGAUAUCAAACCUUUCUCAGGAAAUUCUAGUGCAAAAGUUGAAGAACAACAAGCAUAUUUGCCAAAAUUAGAUAGCGUAGAGGAGUACGUAGCUCCCCGUUGUACUUGUACAUCAAAAGAUAUCUCUCAGAGGAAGGUACUAGAUUUGACAAGAUGGCAUUGUAUUAGCCGACCUCAGUAUUCAAAAUCAUGCGGUAUGUCUUCGCUAAUUUCUUGCUGGAAUUUCUUAUUCUCUACUUUGGGUCACGGCGAUCGGCGCCCAAUCACCCAGGAAGAGGCUUUACUCGCUAUUGGUUUUAAACCGCCUUUUGAAGAAAUAAAGUUUGGUCCAUUCACUGGAAAUGCUACAUUAAUGAGAUGGUUUAGGCAGUUGAAUGAUUAUUAUAAAGUUAGGGGAAGAUGUCAUUUCAUGUAUAAACCAAAGGGAAUGAAUUCAACAACUGGUAUUGAUGAAGUAAUUGGACUUCAAAAAUUAAAGGAAGCGUUAAAGAAUCCUAGAUGUGCAAUCAUCUAUCACUGUUAUAACCACUAUAUGUGUCCUAUUGGUUAUGAAGAUACUCCUAUUGAAUCUGAAAAAGCAUAUUCACGCGAUUAUAAUGAUAAUUUUGAAACUUGGUUAAUAAUUGGUGAUACUAGCCGAAAGCAUCCUUCAAUGCAUUGCAAACAAUGGAAAGAUAUUGUUAUGGAUUUGAAUACGGAAUCCCCCGAAUAUUUUGAUAUAAGGAAAUCUGAAAAAGGUUUACAAACAUUACAAACUGCUAAGAAACCUGGACGCAAUCUACAUUGUCUUAUGGCUUUUGAGAAAUGUAAACCAGUUUAA